GUCAGUACUCAAAGUUGUGCGUAUAAAGUAUUAUAAAAUGAAAACUUUCAUUCCUCUAACGGCAUGUCUAUUAAUUUAUUUUGAAAAAUUGCUGACGCAUACUUAAAUAGCAUAUUCACUAUCUGAAACGUGGUUGGUCAAUUCAAUUGAGGGUUUAAAUUCGUAUUAUUUCUUGGGACUGAAAUGGCGGAAGAUAACUUCAAAUCGGACGUGGCAGAUGUGAGAUUUUCCCUCCAACGUUUUACCUAUGUAGAUUACGCUGUGUUUAUUAUGAUGUUGACAAUUUGUGGCUUAAUUGGAAUAUAUUUUGGAUUCGUGAAUAAACAGAAAUCAACCCAGGAUUACCUUAUGGGUGGAAGAAACAUGAAAUUGGUGCCUGUUUGUUUUUCUUUAGUUGCAAGUUUCAUUUCAGGUAUAUCUCUGCUCGGAACGCCCACAGAACUAUAUCUGUUCGGGACGGCUUAUGUGUUCUCACUGUUCGGCGCCGUAGCAAUGUCUCUUACAUUAGGAUCAACAUUUCUACCGGUUUUUCAUGAGCUCCAAAUAACUUCAGUUUACGAAUAUUUGGAGCUGCGCUACGAUAAACGAGUCAGGAUAUUUGGUUCAGCUAUAUUCAGUAUAUAUUUGAUGGCUUGGCUGCCUAUAGUGAUCUAUGUUCCGGCUUUAGCAUUCAAUCAAGUGACCGGAUUUAACAUACACAUUAUUUCACCGAUUAUUUGUUCUGUUUGCAUUUUCUAUACUUCCUUGGGAGGACUCAAAGCGGUUGUAUGGACGGAUGUGCUUCAAACCAUUGUAAUGGUAUCAGCUAUGAUUUUAGUUAUAUUCAAAAGUACAAUAAUUGUGGGAGGUAUCAACGAAGUUUUGAGACGAAACUGGAGUACCGAUAGACUCGCGUUUCCAUCUUUGACUUUUGAUUUAACGGAAAGACACUCAAUCUGGUCUGUGUCUAUUGGUGCUACAUUCUAUUGGAUUGGGAAUAUUGCUGUCAAUCAAUCUAUGAUGCAGAGGUUCCUCGCUCUCUCAGAGCUAAAGUCUGCUAAACGGGCAAUUUGGGGUUUUCUUUUUGGAGUCUUCGUAAUAGUUUUUAUAUGUGGAUACAGUGGAUUGGUUGCAUAUGCUAAGUACUAUGAGUGCGAUCCAUUGGAUUCUAAAUUGGCUCUGGCUAAGGACCAGUUACUGCCGUUGUUGGUGAUGGAUGUAUUUGCCGAUUGGGAAGGAAUGCCCGGAAUUUUUAUUGCGGGAGUAUUCAGCGCUGCUUUAAGUUCGUUAUCAACUGGUCUUAAUUCUAUGGCUGCGGUAGUUUUAGAAGAUUUCUGGAAGCCUUUCUGUAAAGUACCGACACCCAAACAAUCUCAAAUUAUUGUUCGUUUAGUCGUCAUAAUUCUCGGCUGUAUUUGUUUUGGUUUAGUGUUCGUAGUUGAAAAACUAGGCUCAGUACUACAAUUAACGAUGAGUUUAUCUUCAGCUUCAAUGGGACCUCUUGCAGGAGUGUUUCUGAUGGGACUGUUCUUUCCGUUCAUAGAUUCAACUGAUGCACUGUGUGGUGGGAUAAUUGGUUUGCUAUCUGCUUGGUGGGUAACAGCACAGUCUCAAUUUGCGAUUGCAAAAGGUCUAAUGAAAUAUAAUGAAAAGAUCAGAUUCACUAAUAACUGUAGUUACACUUUUAAAUCAGCAGUCAUUCAUGCUACAGAGAGCAGUUCUAGCGAGGUGCCAGCUUUGUACCGUAUUUCAUAUUUAUGGUUCACUGCGCUGGGUUGUAUUGUGACCGUAACGAUAUCAUGUUUAGUUUCGUUAAGGACUUCGAAUAAAGUAAAACGUGACAUAAGAACAUUUGCUCCUGCUAUUAGGAAGUACUUAAACAAACGGGAACAAAACGAUUUCAGCAUGGACGAGAAAUCUAGAUUUAACAUUAUACCGGAAGCCUUCAAUUGAUACUAUGAUACUCGUAGAUAAACAUUGUACAUAUAUUUGCAAUAAAUAA